AUGUUCUUGGUUUCACUUCUCUUCUUGUUACUCUCACCAACCUCAAUUUUCGCCAAAAGCGUGCCGCGACUCGACAGCGCCAAGACUCACGAUCAGCGUAUCGUCAAUCUCUCGUACACUGGCUUCGGUAGCGCAACGAUCACAUUCAAAGACCCACGAGAAAACGAGAUAUUCGACUACGCAAUUGUCACGAGAUACACCACCUAUCACCCAAACAUCCUCACCAAUGCUCUAGUGACCAACGGCUACAAGACUACCAUGCUCGAAGGUAGUAGAUUAUGUGGCUGGACGAAAGUUGAAUCCGUGUAUAGAACGCUGGGUAUGGACUUCCGCAACCAUCGUGGCGAUAUCUACUGGAAAUAUAGUGACUCAACCCACAUACCAUCGUCCAUGAGUCAAGCACCCAGCGAGGACAUUAUCAACGACAUCACAAACAUCCUCAUCCGUAACCCGCCUGCUGGAGAUGUCUACUUGCUUUGCACAAUUAUCCUCGCGUGGACAACCAGCCUACUAGGCUACAUGCUCUUCAUGAUACUGCUUAUGGCCUGCAUCAAGAAGUUUGAUCGGAACACGAGUAGGUCAAAGGAUACUGAGGUCGACGAGGGUAUCGAGCUCGACUCAAUGGAGAUACCUAAUGACGACAGUCUGUCGGAGACCGUCAUCGGAGCAACGCCAUUCGAGGAUGUCAAAUAUACCUACACCAACUCUCAGCCUGGUCGCACUCCUUCCGCAGGCUCGAUGCGCUCAGAUUUCCUCCCCACGUACUCGCGGGAAGAAACCAGACAUGGGUCGACAUUCGACAAUAUUCGGAUAGGCUGA